AUGAGCAACCAGGUCAAGCCCCUUGCGGGCAAAGUCGCGCUGAUCACGGGAUCCGGGCGCGGCAUCGGGCGGGGGAUAGCGCUGGAGCUCGGCCAGCGCGGCGCCUCCAUCGUCGUGAACUACGGGCGCAGCUCCAGCUCCGCGGACGCCGUCGUCGGCGAGCUGGCCAAGCUGGGGUCCAAGUCCAUCGCCUUGCAGGCCGACAUCUCGCGGCCGGCCGAGGUGGCGGCGCUGUUCGAGAAGGCGGUCGCGCACUUCGGCCACCUCGACUACGUCGUCUCGAACUCGGGGAUGGAGGUCUGGUGCGAGGAGACGGAGGUCACGCCGGAGCUGUUCGACCAGGUCUUCGGCCUCAACUGCCGCGGGCAGUUCUUCGUCGCCCAGCAGGCGCUCAAGCACUGCCGCGAGGGCGGCCGCAUCGUCCUCACCUCGUCCAUCGCCGCCCAGAUGGCCGGCGUACCCAACCACGCGCUGUACGCCGGCUCCAAGGCCGCGGUUGAGGGCUUCACCCGCGCGUUCGCUGUCGACUGCGGCCGCAAGAGGAUCACCUGCAACGCCAUUGCGCCCGGCGGCAUCCAGACCGACAUGUUCGAUGAGAACAGCUGGCACUACGUCCCCGGCGGCUACAAGGGCAUGCCCAUCGAUACCAUCAAGGAGGGCCUCAAGAGAAUGUGCCCGCUCGACAGAGUCGGUGUCCCGGCUGAUGUCGGUAAGGUGGUCUACUGUUUGAUCAGUGAGGAGGGCGAAUGGAUUAACGGCCAAGUUAUCCGUGCUUCGGGCGGCGGUGUCUGA